UUGAAUUGAUGCUUUCUAGUCAUUAAUAUUACACUAUAAAGAUUUUGAAAUAAGAUUUUACUGACAUUUUAUUGUGAGAAUUAACUGUCUCGGAUAUUUAUAAAAUGUUUUGUUUGUCUUAAUAUGAACUCUGCAAUCAAUUUACGCAAUUUCAAAAACUGAAAUUUUGAGUCGAUUCAUUAAAUUUAUUGUUUCAAGUCUCAUUAAUCCUAUCGAUUCUUAAUGAAUCACUGAAACGAAGCGCUUCACACCAAUCCGAGGAGAAGAGUGUUGUCUAAUCAAAAAAUAAAAGCGCUAAAGUAACUCGAAGAGAAGGAAAGGUCAGAGGUGGUAUGAGAAAUGGAACGGGAAAGGGAUAUUAACGAAGUUUUUGAUGAAAUUGCUUUGGCAGAAAAUAGGUACCAAAAGAUUGGCUUCACUCGAGGUUUCAGCUUAGGUGAAGAAACUGGAUAUAAAGAAGGCUAUGCUUUAGGUCUUCAAAGAGGGGCACAGAUAGCAUCUGAAAUUGGCUUUUAUAAGGGUUUUGCAAUAGCCUGGAUGAUUGUUUUAGAAGGUGAAGAAACUGCCAAACAAAGAAAAAUUAAUGCCCUCAAAUCUUUGCAAGAAAUGACUGAAAGCUUUCCUCAUACAAAUAUUCAAGAUGAUGAUUCAAGAGAUAAGCUUUUGAAAAUACGAGCUAAGUUUAAACAGGUCAUAUCAUUAUUAAAUGUGGAAACAGAAUAUGUUACUGAAUUAAGGCCGUCUAAUGCCCAAGCUCAGCCUCGGCCUGAUGAACUUUCAUUUUAAUUGAUCAAAGUGACUACAUUUGUAGAUUUCAUUUGUGACACACAUUUCAUUAUUAAAGAACCAUUCCUUUCGAAUCAUAUAGGUUAUUUUUGGAUGCUAUUCGCAUAAAACUGUAUGAAGUAACUUUUGUUAUUCAUAGGUUUCUAUUUACAAAGAUUGUUAUAAAUGUAUUUCGAAAUAAAAAUGUGCUCAAGUGCUUGUUCUUGUUUAAGACAGCACAGAAGAAGGUCUAAUUCAUUGCUCCAAGGUGAUCUCUAGUGCUUAAUGAAGUGAUAUUAAAAUAAUUUAAAUGCCAGGAAUGAUUACUCUAAAUACUGGAUGUCUAGUAUAAUUGUUUGGAUUUCAGUUACUCAUAAAAAAAGUGGCAGUGAGAUAAUGAUAUGCACAUAUAAUGCAAAAUUUUAUCGAAAAUGCAAUUGUUUUAGAGAUAUAUUUUUAUGAAAAAUAUGUUUUGAAUAUGUAUAUGAGGGAGCUUUACUUGAUUAAUCAAUCAUGUAAAUGCAUUUACAAAAGAUUUUUCUUAAUAUUUUUUACACCUUUAUAAAAUACCUUUCAAUUUUUCUUUCUGUUAUAAUUUUUUCGAAUUUAUAAUUCUAUUAUCAUUUAUCAGGAAUGAGAGAAAUAUUAGAAUGAGGUAUCGAAAUGACUAAAAGUUGUCUUCUAUAUUUGAUUUUUUGAAAAUAUUUAAGUAAAAUAUCUUAAUGAAAUUUGAUUCUGAAUUAUAUUUUUUUAUCAUAUAUAAAUAUUGAAUUUAUUUUAUGAAACAUUGGAAUGCAAACAAAUUUGAGACAUCCUACAUUUUAUUAGUAAUAUGUUUGAUUUCAUAUUUUAAGUUAUAUAUAACAUUUGAUCUCUUCAUUUUCUUAGUUUUAAAAGUAACGAAUCUUCGAAUAUACAGAUAAUGUCAUUUCAUCUUUAAUUAAUUUAUUUUUUGCAUAUUUUGUAGCAUCUGAAAUGUAUAUAGUGUAAACGAAAUAUUGGUGUUAAUAUUUCUUUAUGUUUUGUGAACUUGUGAUUAAAAGGCUUAUUUUAUUCUAUUGUUUAAAUAAAUCUUUAAAAAAUAAGUUUAUUUAGAAAUAAAAUCAAAUUUG